UGAAUGUGAAAGCGCAGUUUAAAGGAGAUGUCUAACUGAUGGAAAUUGUCAGCAUUGAUUCACCGAAGUUCCGAAUAGGAGAUCUGAGAAAGCAGUUUAUUUCCUGUCUACCUAAUGAACAUAAAAUACUGAAGGAAAACGAAGCUAGUGAUCUUCUUACAUCUGAGUUUAAGAAGAUCGUAACUGAUUCUUCAAUAUUCAAGCAGCUUGAGAAUGAUUGCAGUUUGGAAAAUUUAUACGUCGAUAGAGAGUACACGACCUUAGAAGAAAUCUUAAAAAUCAUACCAUCGAGGAAAGAUGAAAAGCAGCUGAAAACCCUAACUCAUUUACUGAAAGAAACUGAAGGUUUGAAUUCUAGAACAUCAGUCCUCACAGCAAUGCAAAGAAAUCCUCGACCACUUGUGGAUAUGUCUUACCGAAAUUCUGUUGAUGAAUCUCCAGAGGCCACAGAAGUCAUCCCGGAUGUAUUUGUGACCGUUCUUGUCUACCGACCAUUUAGCCUUCCUAACAUUGAUCCCUGUGCACAGUCUCGGCAACUAGUCAUUACUCAGAGGUUGGUGCUGUUGUCCAAACAAAAUCUCACAGUCUUAAGGGAAGCUGUAAAGUGUUCACAAGAUAAAGUUUGGCUAGGAGACUGUAGCGAGGCCCUUGAUAAUCCUGAACUGCGUGUUUCGGCGGAUAAAAUAUACCCUUCUUCAUACUUUUUCAUUGAAGGCACGUUUUAUGAUGAUUUGCGGAACGCAAAUAGCAAGAGCCUUGGGGAAGAGGUUAUAAAGUGGGCGAAAAGCAAGAAAGAACUUAAGACGUAUGGGCCUUUUACAUCAUUACCAAUGGAAUCAAUGACUCUCGAAAAUCUUGUUAUUUGUAUUGGAAAGCCAUAUUUCUUCGUACACCAAGGAAAUUGUGAACAUAUGAUUAUCUUCUCCGAUAUCCGUCUUGUAGAUCGUGAUUCAUGUCAAACUGAGUCCUUAUUCCCAAUGCUCACCGGUCGAUGCAAUGUACGUGUAAUGCAUUGUUUCGUUUGCAGACGUCUUGCAUCCCGCUGGAUAGUUACAGAGUGUGGGACCAUUUUACCUGUCGAUCCAUGUCCAAUAUGUGAUACAAUAAAUCUUAUGGGUUUUCCUAGAGAGGAGAAAAACAAUGAACAAGCAGCGAACACAAACCCAUCAGUAGGAGAAUCAAGCGCAGAUAAAGUUGCGGCUGCUACUUUCGGUGUUUUAUCUGAAAUUUCAAGUCUCUUAAACACAGAUUUGAGAAAAGUUUACAGAAACGCGUAAGACAAACCUACCUAUACUUUUGGCUUCUGGAAUUUGUUUGAUAAUUGAUUCGAUAGCAACCACAACUGCUUUUUUAAAAGUGUAUCCAGCCGAAUCACGAAGAAGUCCAGAUAAAAAGUUUAAUAACACUGUAUACUUUUUGGGGUACUUUGUUGCUAAUGCAUGGAUAGAUUCCAAUACGACUAUUUUAAACUCAUCGCUUAUUUCACUCAUGAACGGAGAUACAUGUUUUAGCAAACGUUCAACAUUCGACUCGUUACCCGUCUAAAAAAUUUAAUAAAUAAUAUUCUAAGCUGUGUAAUUCCAUAUAGUCUAUAACUAUUGCACAUUACAAGUUAUAUUGCG